UAAAGACUGACUAAAUACAGAAUACUUAUAUUUUUCUUAAUAAUUUACUUUUAAAAAAAUGACUGAAAUAUUGGAAUCUAAAGAGUCUGUUAAGCGUUUAGAACCUCGCGCCAUUUUUGGUAUAAAUGGUAAAGUUGUAUUUGGUCUACAUUUGCAUCCUGAUGGCCAACAUAUAAUUUUUCCAUUGGGCACAAAAAUCGGUAUUUGCAAUACGAAAACGAAUAAACAAGAAUUUGUAGGAGGACAUACGAAUAAUGUAUCCUGUUUGGAUUUAAGCAGAAGUGGUCGUUAUAUGGCUUCUGGUCAAAUAAAUCAUAUGGGGUUUCCGGGUUAUGUAAUUUUAUAUGAUUUUGCCGAAAGACGUGAAAUAGUCAGACAUGAUUUACACAAGGUUCGUGUUCAAUCUAUUUGCUUUACUGCUCAAGAUAAAUAUAUGAUUUCUGCUGGUGGACGCGAUGAUGGCACUAUAAUUGUAUUCGAUGUAGAAACUCUCUCUCCAAUUUGUAGAUCAGUUGCUGCUCGUUCGAUAAAUGGCAAUGCUUUAGUUGUACGAGCAUUAUUUAAAAAUCCCCUAUAUUUCUUGUCUGUUGGAGAUCGUCACUUACGAGUUUGGAGUAUCCAUAGGGAGAUGAAAAAGUUGAACGUUCACGAUGUCUAUGUGGGAAAACAACAGAGACUUUAUAUUUCAGUAUGUGUGGAUCGCAACGACGAUUUCGCAUAUAUUGGUACACAAACUGGUGAUGUAGUAAAAAUUUCCCUAAAUUGUUAUGAUACAAUAAAUGUAGUAAAACCGGGACAUUUCGCCUCAAUGAUGGGUGCCUACGGAACACAUAACAUUCGUAAACCUUAUGGAAAAGAUUGUGAUCGCUAUAUAAAUGGUCUGAGAGUAGUACAUAUUGUGGGUGAUGGUCUUUUAUUAAUGGGAGCCGGAGAUGGUGUUGUCGAACUAGUUGAGGAAAGGCGUGAUAUAAAAGAUAAUGUAUUUAAAAAUUAUCCUAAUCCAACGUGGCCCAUGUUGAAGACUUUAAAGAAAACUAAAGUAAAUGGUUCCAUUACCUCAUUGGUAGAAAUCAAUCCUAUAGAGUAUUAUAUAGCCACGGAAUCAAAUGAAAUAUAUUUACUCAAUAUUAAAAUGUUUACUUUAAAACUUUUAAAAACAUCUCACAAAAAGGCUGUACAUAAUAUAGCAUUUCCCAAAAAUUUAUCUUCAGUUUUUGCCACUGCCGGUUAUGAGACCAUACGCAUUUGGUCCACUAAACGUUAUCAGGAAUUAUUGCGCAUAAUGGUGUAUAAUUUUCAAUGUGCUGCCAUCGAAUUUAGCUAUGAUGGUAGUAGUAUUAUAUCAGCCUGGAAUGAUGGAGUUAUUAGGGCUUUUACACCCAUACGAGGAAGACUUAUAUAUGCCAUACCCAAUGCUCAUAAUAAGGGUUGCAGUGCCUUGGCCAUUUCUUCGAAUGGACGUGUUUUAGUUACCGGUGGUAUCGAGGGCCAAGUACGCGUUUGGAAAAUUGAACCAUUUCGCCAAAGUUUAUUGGGUGUUUUGAAAGAUCAUUCUGGUCCCAUAACUUCUUUGGACUUUAAUAAAUCAGAUACCGAAGUUAUAUCGGCUAGUAGCGAUGGUUCUUGUGUUAUUUGGGAUGUUAAUCGCUUGACCCGCAAAACGGUUAUUACAGCUAAUACACAAUUUAUGACCGCUAAAUAUUUCCCAACUGGUGUUCAGAUUCUAACUUGUGGCACUGACGGUCGCAUUAGCUAUUGGAGUGUUUAUAAUGGCGGUUUGAUAAGGGAAUUACAGGGUUCCUCGAAAUCGUCAGUAAAUUUUGUUGCUAUUAAUGGAACUGGAGAUUAUUUUGUUUCCGUGGGUAGUGAUCAAAAGGUUAAGCUUUGGGAUUAUAAUAAAGGUAUAGUUGUGGCUCAAGGUUCUGAACAUGCAUCGGCAGUUAAAAGUGCCGCCUUUAGUCCAUGUCGUAAAUUCUUUGUAACCGGCUGUACUGAUGGUGCAAUAAUAAUAUGGAAUGUACCACAGGAAUAUUGGGGUACUAAUAAUCCGCCACAACCAUAUCUUAGCAACACUGCUGAAGUAAAAUCGGUUAAGUCAGAACCCCGAAUACCGAGCAGUGCCCGUAGUCAUCAAAGUCAACAGAAAGAAAAUAUAGAUAGUCUAGUGGCUAAGACACCCAAGAAUGAUGUCUACUGUAUUGAGUGUCCACCCGUAAAUAUGAAUAAGAAACCGGAAGAGAAUUGUAAUUUUGUAACAGAUGUGAGAAAAUGUUGAAUUUUAUUCACAUUAUUUUGUAAAUCGUAUAAAAAUAUACAUACAUAUAUUUUUUUAUAAUUAAAGAUUUUUUUUAA